AUGGAGCGAACGCCUUGGCCAGAGGAGCAACAUGGAGCCUAUUUCGAGGUGCCCCUGACCAAGGAGGAGAGCCAACGUCGCAUACCCGACCGCACCCCCGAACAGCCGCCACCACCGUACGCCGUCGAGUACGUGCGCGGCAACCUGCCCAUCGUGCUCACCGUGCCACACGGCGGCUACAUAUCGCCACCCUCCAUUCCUUCACGGCGGAAAGGGUGCUUGGAGCACGAUGACUGCUCUCAGGAGCUGGCCAGGGCCAUCUACGCCCAAAUGGUGGCCUACGUCAACAACGACCACGACCACGACCACGACCACAACGACAAACCACCACGACCCGCGGCAGAACCGCGCUUCUACCCACACUUGGUCGUGCUCCACCUCAACCGGCUCAAGGUCGACGUGAAUCGACCCCUCGACGGCGCCGUCGACGACCCCAGCCGAGACACGAAGGCGGUGGCGGCGCACAGGGCCUACCACGGCUGCAUAGAGGAGGCGCUACGGUGGUCGGUCGACACGUGGGGCUUCGCGCACCUGUUCGACAUCCACGGCCAGUCCCAUCGGCAGGUCAUGGAGUUCGGGUUUUUGCUGUCGACUGAGCACCUGAGGAGCAGCGACGAGCAGCUGGACGAGGCCGCGCAGGACUUCUUGUCAAAAUCGUCGCUCUCUGGCAUGGAACGCUUCUGCCUCUCGGCGGUGGUGCGAGGCGAAAAGAGUCUCGGGGCGCUCCUCCAGGCUCACGGGUUCGAUUCCGUGCCCUCCCCCAAGUACCCCAGCACAUUUGUUGAGUUCAUCAAGCUGAACUACAACUGCGAGAUUGGCACGUCUGUGCGAGGACCCCUCCCAUGCUGA